UGUUCAGUUCCCGCCAAAUCUUGGGGUACUCCUGUCCAAGUCGAAUUCCAUGCUUCAUGGAGACUUUUGACUCUGCGGAUCUGCCUGAGCUGCUUAAGCUUUAUUACCGAAGGCUCUUUCCCUACGCACAAUACUAUCGCUGGCUCAACUAUGGCGGAGUUACAAAGAAUUACUUUCAAAACCGUGAAUUUUCAUUCACAUUGAAAGAUGAUAUUUACAUUCGCUACCAAUCCUUCAACAACCAGAGUGAACUGGAAAAGGAGAUACAGAAAAUGAAUCCAUACAAGAUUGAUAUAGGUGCAGUAUAUUCCCACAGACCCAGUCAACACAAUACAGUGAAGCUGGGAGCUUUCCAAGCUCAGGAAAAAGAGCUGGUAUUUGACAUUGACAUGACUGAUUACGAUGAUGUGAGGAGAUGUUGUAGUUCUGCAGACAUAUGUUCUAAGUGUUGGACCCUCAUGACAAUGGCCAUACGCAUCAUUGACAGAGCACUGAAGGAGGACUUUGGAUUUAAGCAUCGUCUCUGGGUAUAUUCUGGAAGGAGAGGUGUUCAUUGUUGGGUCUGUGAUGAAUCAGUUAGAAAAUUAUCUUCUGCAGUGCGUUCUGGAAUAGUUGAGUAUUUGAGUCUUGUAAAGGGUGGUGCAGACAUUAAAAAGAAAGUUCACCUCAGUGAAAAAAUCCACCCUUUUGUCAGAAGAUCUAUAAACAUCAUAAAAAAAUACUUUGAAGAAUAUGCUUUGGUUGGUCAAGAUAUUCUUGAAGAUAGAGAAAGCUGGGAUAAGAUUUUAGCCCUUGUUCCUGAAAUGAUGCAUGAUGAACUUCAAAGAGACUUCCAAAAAUGUCAGAGUUCACUUCAGCGUUGGGAACAUUUGAAGGACACAGCCAGUAAAUAUCAGAGUAACAACAAAAAUGACAAAUGUGGACCCUGGCUAGAGUGGGAGAUCAUGCUUCAAUACUGUUUUCCACGGCUGGAUAUCAAUGUUAGCAAAGGAAUCAAUCAUUUACUGAAGAGCCCUUUUAGCGUUCAUCCUAAAACAGGUCGUAUUUCUGUCCCUAUUGACUUACAAAAAGUGGAUCAAUUUGAUCCAUUUGCUGUUCCAACCAUAAGCUCUAUCUGCCAUGAACUGAAUAUCAUUUCCACUAAUGAAGAGGAAAAUGAAGCUGAAUCUGAUGUCAAGCGUAAAACUAGAGGUUAUAAGAAGACUGGUCUAGCUCCCUAUGUGAAAGUUUUUGAGCAGUUUCUUGAAAAACUGGAUGAAUCCCGAAAAGGAGAACUUCUCAAGAAGAGUGAUUUACAGAAAGAUUUCUGAAGAUAACAACUCCCUUCAAAACAACACAGGUAUCUUCUACCAUCAAACAAGGAUCAAAUACUUCAAGAGCCAUUUAACAAAUAUGGCAGAAACAUG